AUGGGGUUGUUUGCUGAGGUUUUGAGGGGGGUUAGGCCGUUAGGAGGGGGCCCGCGGGGGGAGGAGAGUGAGAGUGAGAGUGAGAGUGAGAGUGAGAGUGAGAGUGAGAGUGAGAGUGAGAGUGAGAGUGAGAGUGAGAGUGAGAGUGAGAGUGAGAGUGAGAUGGAGGAGGAGGAUGAGAAUGAUGACGAGGAGGAGGGGGUUGAGGAGGAGCUGGGGAGGAGGGAGGGGUCGGUGAGGAGAGAACCGGUUGCGAGAUUUGAUGGUGGUGAUGAUAGGAUGGCGUAUGGAGGGUUGGGAAUACAGAUAUCGCGGGUGAGUACGCCGCGCGGACGGAGAUCGCCAAACGCUUCACUAUCCCCGAGCGAGAGCUGGGUGUCCCUGUCUAACGGCAGCUUCAUGUCUGGCGGCUCAGUAGUACGGCAUCCUGAGGUAGGAAGUGGCGUCGGCAGCGAAGAUAUUUGAUGAUACGACCGAACCGAAACCGGGGAGAAGACCAACCACUGGCGCGGAAUAAACGGAGAGAGCUUGGAUACCCUUUACUUACCUAUAAUUGUGUUCUGGUUAUGAGAAUGGGAUGGGUUACUGGCGUUGCACGAAAUAAUCAUGAGCGGGAGCAACAAGAGGCUCCGCGGAUGGGUGGGACUAGAUAUACCCCAUAGAUGAUCAAUAAUUAAUUGUACAAUCACAC